CGGCCCCCUGGCGGGAUGGAGGCGGCUCUGCGGCGGGAGCUCGGCACGUCGGUGCUGCGGCCUGCGGGCCACUCGGGUGGAGGCUGCAUCAGCCACGGCGAGAGCUUUCACACCGACUUCGGGCUCGUAUACGUGAAAAGCAACUCCCGUGCCGAGGCUCGAAGAAUGUUUGACGGAGAAAUGGCCAGUUUAACUGCUAUUCUGCAAACACAAACUGUAAAAGUUCCUAAACCUAUAAAGGUUAUUGACUUACCAAAUGAUGGUGCUAUAUUUGUGAUGGAGCAUUUGGAUAUGAGAGGCUUAAAUAGACAUGGAGAGAAACUUGGAACACAAUUGGCUGAUCUCCAUCUUCAUAAUCAAAAACUUGGAGAGAAGUUGAAGAAAGAUGCAAACACUUUUGGCAAAGGUAAGAAUGAGGAACAGACAGAUGUCCAGUUUGUGGAAAAAUUUGGAUUCCACACUGUCACUUGUUGUGGGUAUCUUCCACAGGUAAAUGAUUGGCAACAGGAUUGGGUGACUUUCUUUGCCAGGCAGCGCAUUCAGCCCCAGAUGGACAUGAUUGAGAAGAACUCAGGUGACCGGGAGGCAAGAGAACUUUGGGCACAACUCCAGCUGAAGAUACCCAGUCUGUUUGGUGAUAUGGAGAUAGUUCCUGCUCUUCUUCAUGGGGAUCUGUGGGGAGGAAAUGUAGCUGAAAAUGACUCUGGACCAAUUAUCUUUGACCCUGCAUCUUUCUAUGGUCACUCCGAGUAUGAGUUAGCAAUUGCAGGGAUGUUCGGUGGCUUCAGUGGUUCAUUUUACUCUGCCUAUCACAGUAAAAUCCCCAAAUCACCAGGGUUUGAUAAACGCCUCAAGCUGUACCAACUAUUUCACUAUAUGAACCACUGGAAUCACUUUGGAGGCGGGUACAGAGGCUCCUCUAUCAAUAUAAUGAGAAAUCUGGUGAAAUGAUUUCCCACUUCAAGGUUUUGUCUCCCUUUUUGAAAAUUUAUGCACACAUCUCCUGGGUGUUUCAGCUGCAUGACUGCAUAUAUUUUACAAUAGACCCUGACCUCGCAGCCUCUUUCCACAGUUGAAGGUUGAACCCUGCCGUGCCCCAGGCUUGGUGUCCCAUUCUUGCAGUUUUUCAAACAGCUGCCUGAGGUAACCGAUCUUAGAUUUGCAUGAAAGAGUUUUUACUGUUGAGGGUUUUUUGAUAGAUUAAGCUAGAGAACAUUCCUCUCAAUAAUAGUUUGGAAUAAAAUGUUUGCUACCAGAUUAGAAGGAAAAACCAAAUAGACCCUUGAAUCAGGUCUCAUAUUGCCAGUUAUGUUUACAUUCACAUUCAGAGGAAAACCGAUGAUCUCAAUGAAUGGAAAGGUGUCUUUUCCUUCAUAAUGAUAUAUAUGAACAUUAUGGAAUUUUUAUUGUUGUUUUUCUUAGAUUACUCCCAAUUUGUCUUUUUUGAUGAAUACCAAAGGAAAGUAAAAGCCCCAUGCCAAUUAUAUUUAAUUGGAAGCAUGUCCUGCUAAGGCAUAUGAGAUUUGCUUCCCAGGAGGAGUUUUCAGUGAACACUCUCUGUAUGGCUCUAGUAUUUUCACUGAACAUUCUCAGUAUGGCUCCUAGUGGCUGAUGUCCAUUAGGAAUAGCUGGGCCAUUCCUAGUCAGCUCUAUCAACUUAGAAAUUAAUUUGCUGACCUGUAAUGUUUGUUCUGUCUCUGAUAGCCAGCUCCAUUUAUAGGGAUAUAUAGCUGUCUCAGAUUUUCGUUAUUGAAGCAACUUAGUAGAAUCCACGCCUUGAAUUCCUUUUUAUUGCUUUUUGCUCUAUACACUGAGCAACCCUGACCAUUUGUGAAAUGAAACAACAUUCCUACUGGCAGAAAGUUAAAGCAUGAAAAAUGUAUUCUUAGUAAAGUAUUUUAAUUUGAAUACACUGAAGGUGACAGAAUUGAGAAUACUGCUCUCCAUUUUGGGAUGUUUGUGUCCUGUAAUGACUACUUUCCAACAAGGAUUGCCAGCCAGUUUUCCAGUUGGGCAGUUAAAGGCAUGGGCACCCAACUACAGGCAAAAAGCUGGUGAAUCCCCAGUGCAACAUCUCCUUGCUGGGGAAAACUUUACCAGUUGAUCUUUUGCUUAUCGUACUGCUAUUAAGGCAGAAGAGCCCAGCCAGAAAAACGGUGGCAGCCCUAUUUUGAAAGCAGAUUCUGUUGCAGCACUUGUUUCUUGAAGUAAGGAAAAUACGUUUCUGCAUCAAUUUCUCAGCAACUUAACAUGGCUGACUGAUAUUUAAAGAACUUAAUUUCAGUCCUAAUUGGUACUGGCUACUCAUACAGUUCAUUAAGGUUUUGUCACGGCCCCCUUCUGUCUUGUUAGCAGGCAUGCUGAACUGGUAUCCUUAACAAUUGCAAACCCUCCCUUAAGUCCGCUAAAACUGCAUGGUUCCAUUUUGUGGUGUACAUUUGUAUAAAUCUGUUAAUUCCCUUUGCCCCUUAUAUAAUUAUUCUGUCCUCAUGUUGGGACAGCACAUUGUUUGUGGAAGCAAGAUUUGUGCAAACAGUGGUAAACAACUCCAGAUCUCUUUAGAGAUACCAGGAUAGAGUAAUAACUGUACCCGGAUGGAAUCAUGCGUAAGAAGAUGCUAAACUAAGAAGACAUAAGGUGUUCUUUAACUGACUAAAAAACAUGUUUGAGACAAGCAGGUAGAAUAAAAGUUUUGCACUUUCAUAUAUUUUCUGGUGAUUCUUAAAUCACCAGGUAGGUAUGAUUUCUAGAAUUCAUGUUCGUGUGGGACUCAGAAUGUUUUGAUUGAGUUAACAUUCCACUACAGCAUUUCCUGAAAGUUUGGAGUUCUGUUUUACAGUGAGAAACAGUAGCUGUUAGAAGCUAAUUCAACAUUGUGUGCUUUUUUUUCUCUUUGUCUAAUUUUAGUAGUAAUAUAAAUGACUGUUCUAGGUUUGAAGAAAAGCAUUACUCAUAAAAAUGGAUUGUAGUAUUUCCUUCAUGUAGAAAUAAAAUAUUCUCCUGAC